AAAAAUCUGAAGCAACAGAGAAGUAAAUGACUAAAAAAACCGUGUGCAUUUUUCUAAACAAACUAAAAAAUCUAAAGCAAUAGAUGUAGUACUUUAACCUAGUGCGAUAAUUUUUAAACUCUUCUUCCGUCCUCCCACAAAAUUGCUCCCAUUUAUCAAUUCUUUUUGUAACUGUUAUUUUUCAGUAGAAUAGUUCUCAAGACAGUGACGCCAAUAAGUUCCCCAAAAGCGCUCACCAUGGCCGAACCGUCUCUCCAAGAAGUGGUCUACAAGCCCACCACCGACACCCCAACCCCCACCGCUCUAAAACCCUCCACCGCCCCCACAACCAGCGCCUUCCUCAGCUUUUCCGCCGCAAUCGCCGACCUGGCCGCCUUCUCCGCCGGCGUGGCCUUCGGCUGGCCUUCCCCCGUCCUCCCGAAGCUAGCCGGCCACAACAACCCAUUGGGCCGCCCCAUCACCCACACCCAAGCCUCCUGGAUCGCCGGGCUGGUCUGCUUGGGCGCCAUCCUGGGCCCGCUGCUCGCCGGCCCCGUCGCCGACAAACUGGGCCGCAAAAAGGCCCUAAUCCUGGCCGCGUGUCCCAUGACUGGGUCCCUGCUCCUGGCGGCGUACGCCACCACACUCCCAUGGUUCUACCUCUCCCGGUUCGCCAUGGGCGUGGGCGCCGGCAGCGUCUUCACGGUCCUGCCCAUCUACUUGGCCGAAAUCGCCCAGGACCACAACCGCGGCACGCUGGGCUGCUCCAUGGGCGCGUUUGUGGCUUCUGGGCUGUUGUUCGCCUUCGCGGUGGGUCCCUUUCUGGAAGUGGGGACGUUUUGUCUCGUUUGUACCCUCCCAUUGCUGGUUUUCCUGGCCGUUUUUUCGGCUUUUGUCCCAGAAAGUCCCUUUUUUCUGGCCGCGGCUAACCGGAGCCGUGACUUAGAGCAAAGUUUGAUGAAAUUGAGGAACAGUGAAAAUGUUGGGGACGAAGUUUUGGAAAUCACGCAGCGGGUUUUUGAGGAGAGGAAAAUCAAAACUGGCCUUCUGGAUUUGUUCAAAUUCCGGGCGUUGAGGCGCGGUUUGGUUGUAACUCUUGGAAUUGUGAUCCUGCAGCAAUUUGCGGGAAUUAACGCCGUUUUGUCGUACUUGCAGACGAUUUUUGAGGCUUCCGGAAGUGGGCAAAGCCCGGAAAUGGCCACAAUUAUCAUCGGGGUUGUGCAAAUGGUCGCAACUGUGGUCACGUCCCUCCUGGCUGAUCGUCUAGGCCGCAGGGUUCUGCUGCUGACUUCGGCAGUCGGGUCAAGUGUUGCGCUCCUGGCUCUAGGGCUGUAUUUCUACCGCAAGGGCCAGCACCUGGAAGUUGGGGCGAUUUCCUGGCUGCCGGUGGCCAGUUUGGUCGUGUACAUGGUGGCGUUUAAUGUGGGCUUGGGGCCACUGCCGUGGGCUGUCAUGGGCGAGCUUUUUCCCUCAAGUGUCAAGUCAGUGGCGGCGGGUUUUACGUGUUUUAUCUGCUUCGUGGCCGCGUUUGUUAUCACUCUGUUGUUCCCGAUUUUGUCGAAUCUUGUGGGGAUGGCGAAUUCGUUCUGGUUUUUCGCAGGGAUGUGUCUUUUAGGGGCGUUUUUUAUCUAUUGGAUGCUGCCGGAGACCAAGGGCAAGAGUGUGCAAGAAAUACAAAAAUUGUUAGGGGGGGAUUGAUUGAAUAAAAGCACUUGCAAAGUA